CGCGAUGUCAGGCGGCGCGAUCACAUGAUUACCUCCAUCACGCACCAGUCGCGCGUGGCCGGCGCCUAUCAGGUUGGUUCGAAAGUGAACCCCGCCUCGCUGCCUGCUCCCGACCGCCACGUCCUCAUCCAGUGACACCACCCAACACUCUCUCAAGGCAACAGUCAUGGCAUCUAUAGCUUCUGUGACGCGCCAGUUGGGCGCGCUCGAGAUAUCCUCCAAGCCUAACACGUCAAGGCCGACGCACGAGAAGAAGCCGAGUCAGUCGAAGAACGUCUCACAGCUGCUGUCUAAGUUUGCGGCGCCCAAUCCGUUUCCCGUGAAAGCCACGAUAUCAAAGAGCUCGUCGCAGACAUCUCUGGCUACCAAACAACCCUCACGACCGCCCUCACCACCAAAGCCAGCCACGAAACCAGCACAGCCUACCAUCGACAUCGGACGUUAUGACGGCGGGUUGGAGCUCGACAACGAGAGCCGAGGGGAGAAGGUGCACGGAGAGGCGGCAGAAACCCUUGCUCUGGACUCCAGUGUAUCACAAACUCGUCCCACUCGCGAGUGGCAUCUCACCGACUUUGAUAUCGGUCGACCGCUAGGCAAGGGCAAGUUUGGACGCGUAUAUAUGGUCCGCACGAAGGGCGAACCGCACUAUAUCCUUGCCCUCAAGACGCUCUACAAGUCAGAGAUCGUGCAGUCGCGCGUCGAGAAGCAGAUUAGGCGCGAAAUCGAAAUUCAACAGAACCUGCGGCACCCCAACAUCCUGCGCCUGUACGGCUACUUCCACGACGAGAAGCGGAUCUUCUUGAUGCUCGAGUUCGCGGGCAAGGGCGAGCUCUACAAGCAGCUCACGAAGCACGGAUGCUUCACGGAGAAGCGUAGCUCGCGCUACAUCGACCAGAUGGCAGACGCGUUGAACUAUCUCCACUCCAAGCACGUCAUCCACCGUGAUAUCAAGCCGGAGAACCUGCUGCUUGGGAUCAGCGGCGAGUUGAAGAUCGGCGACUUCGGGUGGAGCGUGCAUGCCCCUGGCAAUCGUCGCACGACGCUGUGUGGUACGCUUGACUAUCUCCCACCGGAGAUGGUGGAGGGGCGGGACCACUCCGAGAAAGUUGACUAUUGGGCGCUCGGCGUACUCACUUAUGAGUUCAUCUGCGGCGCCCCGCCCUUUGAGGACAUGACGGGCUACAACGCCACAUACAAACGUAUCGCGAAGGUGGACCUGCGGAUACCACCCAAAGUCUCUCCCGAAGCGCGUGACCUCAUUACGAAGCUCCUUCAGUACGAUCCGGAGAAGCGCCUGCCUCUCGACGAGGUCCGGCGGCACCCCUGGGUCGUCAAAUACAGGUCGAAGGGCCAUUCUACCUCCAUGCCCAUGUCAUAGCAGUAUGAUGUGGUCCCUGUUCUCCUUAUGCAUCUAGCAUCGCUCUCCGAUGUGUUGUGUUCUCUUUACCGCUGCCACACAAGUAUCAGA